AUGGCAGACAAAAAUACACUUAUUGGCCAGGUAUGCCCUCCCUAUCAAACAAUUGGGGAAAGCGAGCCCGCUGAAUCUGUAGUAGACGGGGCUAGCGUUAUUAUUCUUGCUCGAAACCCGAAAACCCUCCAGGAGGCCAAGGCAGAAAUCAUGGCCGCCCGUCUAUCGCAGGAGCAGACUGUUCACACUAUUUCUGUGGAUCUUGGCGAUCACGCUGCUCUGAGACAUGCCAUGUUGGAACACAAUGUCACGCCAGAUAUGCUGAUUUGUAGCGUUGGUGGCACUACUCCGGAUCAGAUAGGUUUCCUUGCAGACCUGGCACCGAAAGCACUUGCGACCUGCUUUUCAUCUAAUUACCAUGCUUGCCUCUUCAUCACACAGUGGUGUGUGCAGCGUUGGAUUCAGCAUCCGGAACCAAGUCGCACCAGACGCUUGGUAUAUAUCGCUUCCGGUGCCGCUUUUGUUGCUCUCCCAGGAUACACCGCUUACACACCGGCGAAAACCGCCGUUCGAGCAUUAGCAGACACGCUCCGUCAAGAGCUACUUCUAUACGGCGACGAGAGCAUGUAUCAUGUGCAUAUUGCUUUUCCAGGGGCUUUCAUCACGGAUUCAUUCAUUCAGGAGCAGGCGACGAAACCAGAGCUUCUCAAGAACAUGGAAAGUUCAAACUACCGUGGCUGGGAAGAAUUGCUUAAGAACAUACAGAGUGCCGAGGAAAUAGCCUCAAAGAUCUUCAAAGGUAUCAGGAAGGGACGGUACAUCAUCACAACGGACCUGACAACUGACCUGACGUUGAACAACAUGCGAGGUCCGAGCCCUCGCGAUAACGCUCUUUACGAUGUGUUCAUGUCUUUUGUGGGCUUUUGCGCCUUUCCCUUUGUACGUCGGCGAUUCGAUAGAAUGACUGUUCAGUGCGAGUUCAAAACAGGAUUUUUUGCCGAUUCAGUGUCUUUUAAGCUUCUUGUAAUGGAGGAGCUUGCCUUUACCAUCGUGCUGUAUAGUGACGUCAGACACGCUGGCCCCAGGACGCUUCCUCCUCACGAGAAUACUCGCGAUAGCGUCCUUGUCCUCUUCUAUCAUGCGCUUGAACUCCAGUUUUUAUCUUAG